AUGGCAGAAGAUUUCGACAUUGGGAAGGUCCAGGAACUGAGCGACUUGGAACUCGCGGCUUUGAUCUGCCUCGUUGCAGAGGAGCAUUGUAUCAUUGAUACCGAGCCGGAUGCAAUAGACGAUCUGGUCCAGGAGCUGCAGCUGAUCGCCUCGAAAGUCUUUGGUCUAUCCAACGCCGUUGUCGACUGCUACGAGCAUACAACCCUCGACGACUUCGCCCACGCCAUUCUAUCCGUAGAGCGCACUCGUACCCGCUCGAACUCGUCUAUAAGAACCAGACAAGACUCCAACUUCCUUAACACACCCGCCUUUGCAUCUGCAAAUCGUUCUCCAGUCACCGAGACCUUCAGCAGUGACAACAAGUCAAUCGCGAACGUCAUCAUUGCCAAAAAUUUGGACGAGGCUCCCAAACAGGUCCAAAUACAGGCUUUGGAGCUUAUGCGAACAGGGAGGAUAUACACCAGAACAUCAGUCCAUAAUGUGCCGAGACGCUUUUUGUUCAUUGCGUUGCUGGGAGGCGGGGAGGGACCCAGGUUGACGAAGCAUUUGAAUGACUAUAUGUUCAUUUCACACUUUCACGAUCCGGAGGAUGGGCUUCCGAAUCUGGAAGACAUGUAUGAUGAUGGGGACUCGAUAUCUUCUGUGGUGAAGAAGAGUCCUACUCCUGAGAAUGAGGGGUCCCUGUGGCCAACGAUAUCAGCUAUUGACAUCGAACACUUGUCCACCUUAGCCGAAGUCGCUACAGUCAGUGUAGAAGUAAAGCGCUACCAACAAGAUAUCAUAUCCUUCUUACGUAUUCACCGGGCUGUCGCUGGCGGUAUCUCAGCAACCUCGUCCAAACACCUUGAUAAGCUGGCAAAGUGUCUUGCCCCCCUACAUAGCUUGGAAUACGCUACACCCUCUCUCAUAGCCCUCGCUGCCAGGAAAAUAUUCCCACACCGUAUCCAUAUCGUUAAGCCUGAAAAUGAGCGAAGCAUGCAAUGGGGCAGCGAUUUAGAUGCUAUAUCGGCAUUGUUAGAGGGGAUUGGGGCUGAAGAUGUGAUUGAAGAGGUUUUGGGCAAUGCCGGUGCUGAAGCUCCUCUAUGA